AUGUCUAUAAUUGGUCAAGAUAAUAAUAGUUCAAAAUCUGCUAGUUCUGAAAUUGAAGAGACUAGCGAUAUGGAAGAGACCAGUACUAAUAAGCGAAGAUGUAGAAUUUGUGGAUUAGAAGAUUAUAAUGUACGAACAUGCUCAAAGUAA